AUGCUCGUGUCGCUCGUUUCGAGGGCACAAGCUUUUGCAGGGACUAGGCGGGGAAGCUCAUCAAUCUUACGAGCCGGUCGCCAGUUCCACGUCAGUCCAGCGUCGUACAUGCUGUGGACACGGUACUGGAAUCCCGGCGGUGAGGACCAAAUUCAUUGUGUUGAAGGCAUUCAGGCAAAUGGAAGACUUGCGACAGACUGA